AUGGGCAUUGACAACAAAGAACGCUUAGAGAAGGGAUCGGCGGAAUCGCCUGUGGCGAGAUCCGGCUCGGCAGACGCAGAGAAAGACAGGAGUAGUGAUCUAAAGCCUGAAACGUCCCGACAAUCCGAAUGCGAACUCAAGCUCGACACAGGGGCUGUAAACGAGAGAGAGAAGAAGAAACAGACCUUCAUUCUCCGUACCAUAUGGACGUUGAUCAUGACAGUGCUCUUGUUUGCGACGUUGACGGCAGGACAAUUCUGGACCAUUGUGGUGGUGCUGCUCAUCCAGAUUGCGGUGUUUAGAGAGUGUAUCAACAUCACCACGCACAGAGCGAAGCUGGAGGACUUGAAGUACACACAGCCCUUGAACUGGUGGUUCUUGGUCACCACGAUCUUCUACCUCGACGGAAGAAAUCUGAUCAAGUACUUCUUGACGAACUUCGUUGUGUCGGACUACACCAGCGUCAUUGCGAUCAAGCUCGUGAUGCACCACAAGUUCCUCAGCUACUGCAUGUACGUCACCGGCUUUGUCGGGUUUGUGGCCUCGUUGCGCAAGGGGUCGCUCAAGUUCCAGUUUGCGCAGUUGUGCGUCACCCACAUGACACUUUUGUUGGUGAUUCUCCAGGGCCACUGCAUCGUCAGCAACAUUCUGCACGGCAUGUUCUGGUUCAUAGUGCCUGCAGGCUUGGUGGUGGUCAACGACAUCUUCGCCUACUUGUGUGGUAUCACCUUUGGAAAGACGCAGUUGAUCUCCAUCUCGCCGAAGAAAACCGUUGAAGGGUUUGUUGGAGCAUGGAUCUGCACAACCUUCUCCUCCUUCCUUUUCACAUACAUCUUUUCCAACGUGAACUAUUUCAUCUGUCCCGUUUUUGACAACAUCUACACAACCUUCUUUUCCGUCGUGGAGUGCGACCCUAACCCGGUCUUCAUCCCUCAGAUCUACACUUUGCCAAGCUUUUUGGUUGAGAUCCUCCAUAGGGAGUACAUACAGGUGAAGCCGGUCUAUUUCCACACAAUGAUUGUUUCUAUGUUUGCUUCUUUGAUUGCUCCCUUCGGUGGCUUCUUUGCCUCCGGCUUAAAGAGAGCUUUUAAGAUCAAAGACUUUGGUCACACCAUCCCAGGCCAUGGUGGAAUCACAGACAGAAUGGACUGUCAAUUCCUAAUGGGCUCUUUCUCCUACUUGUACUACGAGACUUUCAUCUCCACCCACAACGUCAACGUUGGUAAUAUGCUACAAUCAAUCAUCGUCAACUUGGAGCCACAAGAUAUCAUUAUUUUGAUCCAGAGCUUGGUUACAUAUUUAUACAAAAUCGGAACCAUCGAUGAAGCAACCUUCCAAAAAAUUACCUCUUCUCUUGCAUAG